AUGUAUGGGGACUACGUGAAGAACAACCAUGGCCAGAAGUACAAAACCUUCCAAGUGUUUGACAUUUCAAAGCGCAUCAGACACUACCUGGCGGAGUUGGGCUGUCAGCAAGAGUUCGUGCAGUUGUUCGGCGACCGCUGCGAUUUUCAGAACGAGAAUGUUCAGAGCUCAACGCUGAUGAUCUUGCAGAACUUCCACGCACUCGGCAAGAUCGUCAGCGCUAUGGCAUCAACCCACGAUGUAACAUUGCUUGCAGAGCUGUACAUAGCUGGUGGUCGACACCUCGUGCCGAUGAUCGCGGAUCCGAGCAUGCAGGAUGAUAUCGUGAUGCCGCAGUGGAUGUUUACCAAACACCUACCCGCUGUCGUGGACCGGCUGAAGACAGAGAUUGGCGGCGCGCCAUUUGUGGCCAAGAUUUUCCAAGCGACAGCUGACCGCUCGAAUGCCAAGUCAACCGACUCGGCAGUGGUAGAUGUCAACGACUUGCUGGUGCCGAAGAAGAAGAAGCAGCGUGCAACUUCCAAAGCGAAGAGCAAGGCCAAAGCUAAGGCCGCAGCUGCCAACACUGACGAAAUCGAAGAUGACAUCACAGCUGAUGUUCCACAGGCGGGUGGAGCUGCACGCAAGAGGUGGUGGGUGGACGACGUGCUUUCAGCUAUGAUUCACGCAGCAGGAGACCUGGAUACUCUGUUGGACCCAGCUCAGCGGAGGUAUUUGCGACAGGGACUUGCAAUCGCAAUGGAGUUCUGUUUCCACAAAAGCGUUGUGGUGGCUGGCAAGCCACGCAAGGUUUGGUCCCAGGUGAGACCCAUGGUGCAAGCGGCUAUCAGGCGUGGGAUGGUGCAGCUGAGAAGCAGCAUGCAACCAGGGUCCAGCGAUGGUGUAGCUGCGAUCGCCAGCGAGUGCGCCCGGCAAGCGCUGACUGCCGACGCAACUGCGCCAGGUGAGAAGGGGAUCAUGCUAUGGCUUACAGAAGCCUCAGCGGAGAUGGUGAGGACAUGGGUUUCGAGCAACAAUACCUGCAAUGUCACAGGGCACGCCGCCUUUGGAGCAGCCCUCACCAAAUUGACUGGGAAGGUCUGCAAGUGUCGCAAGGACCCUACGUCUUGUCCGGUGCACGCUGACGCAUGUGUCACGCUUGCUGAUCUCAUGUGGUUCAGCUCGGACGCAAUCUUUGAGUAUGUCCCGGUUGCGGUAAGCACACUGCCGCUUGCGUUGACAGUGAAGAUCGCCAAGACCACAUCGUCUGCGAGCUCAGACACAGGAGUCCCAGCCUUUUGCAGGUUCAUGUGCAAAGAGGAGCAGGACACGAGCGACGCGGCAACAACAACGUGGGUUCCAAACAACACCGUCAUGGAGACAUUUGCACGCAUGAGACCAACCUACCUCAUGAAGAUGAUCCUUUCGCUCAUGAGCACGCUCAACCGUAGCAAUGGUCAAGACAAGUGUCGCUUUGCAGACUUCACUUCCGGCAAGCUUGUGAGGGUCUGCAACGCAGUGCUACAUGCGCUGGAGGCACCUAUGGCACCUGAGCAGGUGCCGCAAGCAGCCGACAUCCUCAAAGUGGCUUGGGACUUGGAAGCUCUGCUCACAACGAUCGUGGCGGAUGAGAACGAAUGGUCAGCGGGCUGGACAAAGUUCUUUUCAUUCUGCUUGCAACAUGCAGCGCAUGCAGAGCAGGAUGAAGUGCAGUUUCGCAGCAAGCUGUCUUCAACAACCUUGGCAGAGCUGGGUCUCGAGGUGCCAGCCAAGUACAGAUACCUGCUGGGCCAGAACGUCAAGGAUGAAUUGCGGAGUCCUGCAGCUGGGAGUGGCAGAUCCCGUGCCAGUGCCACGCCAUCUGGGGCCACUGCUUCUGAUGCUGACGCUGCUCAGGCAGCUCUCGCGGAUAAAACCGACCCAUCAGACACGACUGUCCGACUCACAAACCUCUACCGCAUCAACGCAGACGGAUCGCAGUUCAACGUGCUCGACAUCAUGAGUCUACAGCAUCAGCUCACAUCACAUUUCUUUUCGUAUGCGUCCAGCCCUCAGCGCAAUGAGAUCGAAUUCUUAGCAAUUACUACCCACGACACCACAUGCACGACUCGCAGCGUGUAG